AAAGUGCUAUAUGGGCGAAGCGAGUCUAGGAAUUGUUUACAUACACUUUAAACUUCCUUUGAUUUACUUGCAUUUAAUCCCCAGGAGAAUUGAUAAAUCAUCUACCAGAGUCCCAUUAUAAAUUUUCAGUAUGUCGAAGAGGGUGAGCAUCGUCCUGCCGGACGAAAUGCCGUCGAGGUCUGCAAGUAAAAAGGACCAGUCGAGGCAAGCCAGAAAUUCCAUGAAGAGCAAUAGCCACGAAGAGCCCAUAGUUUUUCUGGCGGUUAGCCAGGAGAGCAGCCCUUCUUCUUUACUUUCCAGCCAGAAGACCUCCAGCAACUUGAGUUUGCAUGAGACGUCGGCGCAUUUGCUUUCUUUGGAGAGUUUCGUAUCUCCAGACCCUUCACCAAAAAGUACUAAUUUGGCUAGCCCCAGGCCCUUGUCCACGGAUCAAGCGCAUAGUAUGGAUUCCUCCGUAAGCUCCAUUAAGCAGUUUCUAAGGAACACUGUUGCCUUGGUCAGGGCGGGAGAGUCCUUCACCUCAGUAAAGCGUCUAUUCUACAACUUUGUGAAAAGGAAUGAAGACUCUACCUCCAAUACAGUAUCAAAGGAGUCUCCCACCGAUGAAGGUAGGAUGGUAGGAUCCCAAGUCGCCAGGAUGCCAAUUCCCAACCACAAACAUUCAACGAACACCUUUUUUUCCGACGUACCAACUGGUUUUACAGUGCCCAGUACUUCGCAGAUGACCUCCAGCCCGCCGCAUUCCGUCUUUUCCUUCAAUCACACAAAAUACGACUUUGCCAGCCUUAUCUCCGAUGUUACCCCCCUGACAGGGUACACACCAAAUACAGCGCAGGCUUGGAGCACCGAAGAUGCCGACUAUCGAAGCGAAACCUCUCUGAAGACCAGUACUGCCCCGCGGGUCGGAUUGUCUUCGUCCGUUGCACUCAGUUUGGGAACACAUCGUUCCCUCAGUUCUUCAAAUGCAGAUGGGCUCUUCAGAGCUACGAGUGGAGGUCAUUCAAGGCCCUCCCUGGCGGUAAAUUCCACAGAGAGACCUAAGAGCUCUGUUUCAAAGCAGCGAGGUAGCAGAAAUAUAAAGAAACUCUUGAGUAAGUCGCCAAAGAGCUCCCCUCAGGCUGCGCCGCGAACAAGAAUUCAAUCGAUAACGUCAACUGUCAAUCCGGCCGCACCAUCAUUCACAAUAGUUAGCGCCUCCAGACAAUUAGAGGAACGCGAGGCCCAGAAGUUCAUAAGCGGCAGCAUCUUGAGCUCCGAAAGGCAGAAUCUGAAAGUAGCCCCAAAUGUAACUCCCAGAAUGUCGGUCAGUCAGGUAAUAAAGGAGUCGCAAUCCAGCUCAUCCCGCCUAGAAGGGACUAGGCGUUCUUCUCUGAUCAAUAACCAUUCGUCGAGAUCCGACUCCAAUUCAAAUAACGGCCAAAGGCAAAAAAAGUCAGUGAGGAUAAGCGAGGACCCUGUCCGAGCGGCUGAGUUUGCCUUCACCUUAGUUAGUCCAGAGGAGGCGGAGCCUAGUCAGCCAACAGAAGGAAGUAGCAAUCCAAAAAGUAUAGAAGAUGGCUCCAGUUGCGAGACAUACAAGGAGGGUUGCAACUGCCAUCACUGCCAGGACAUGCGGCGGGCCGUGAAACGCGCCGAGUACUUCAACUCACCCCAGGGCCAAAAACAACUGGAGGCCAAGCUCCUGGCCAAAAACUUCUUCAUGGACAUCUGCGCGAUGUCGAUUGUGCGCGCGCAAAUCCAGGACGACCUGUACGGUACCAGGAAAUGUCCGCCUGCCCGGGUCAGCUAUCCCGUGUGCAUCUGCGGGGCCAACCGGCUGGACGCAGGCUCGCUGAGUCUGAACUGGUUCACCCACGACCUGAAUAGUGUGGACCAUUUUGACUUUUACGUAGACGACGUUCCGAGCCGGAGCGUCUACAACCUGCAGGCCAAGUGCACCGUCCUUGUAGACGUGGACGCCAAGAAGAUACACAAACUGCGCAUGCGCGCCGUUCCAGUUCGGGGCAGUGGCGCCCAAGCCACGCCGGUAGACAAGCUCAUGUCGGAGGUGAUCGCGGGACACAUGCGGAACGUGACACAGGGCAAGCUUUUCGCCCGCUGCCUGAAGCACCUGGACACCCAGGUGCCGCAGCCUUCGCUGGUGGACUUCUGGACUGACAGCGAGUUCCUUUACAUGCCCGCCUAGCUAGACAGGAGUAAAUUUAAAGUCCGAUUUAUGCCUCAUUGUUUGUAUGUAUUAAAGGAGGGAUGCCUCGUGGCAACAGCUGCGUGGGUAUUAAUUGAUAACAUCUCGUUUGGAGUGGUGCUGACUAAUCGUCGAACAAGAAAGUGGAACCACACCCGGCUCUCAGGCCGUGGAAGGCACCUGGCUCUGCCUCCUAUUCCAGGGACUCCUGGGAUGUCCAGGAAGCCGGCCAUCAGUCAACCGGGGAUGUAGACGGCUUCAGCUGUCGUCUUUAUUUAAAAACUUAUCGUAAUCUGUGCAGGCGCCAGUUUCCAGUUCGCUUCCAAGCGGUUCGCGAUGAUGGAGCUUUCUGUUUUUAUCGGGCGUCCACAGCCACCAUUUGUUAGGAAAAAGAGAAAUAAAGAUGACUGGGGCUGAGUGGCCUGACGGGGCUGACGUAGGCGACUCACUCAGAUGUCAGAGGUUUCGGCCACGA